AUGGCAGAGUUUGAGGAUGCUGAAGAACGGGACGGUCAGCAGGGUUCGUUUGUCGUGGAACGUCUGGCCGUCAUCACGCUCAGAAGCAACGAGGAUGGUUAUUCCAAUCUCUGUGCUGUAUACGCCAAUGUUGAUCCGGGUGGACCUUCCGCCAUUGCUGUACGAACCGGUUGUAUGCAGGGCGCCUUGUCGCUCUAUUUUGAACCCAUACUGGUAGAUAUACGCGCAAAACUCUGGAUAUGCCCUUUUUGCCUUUCUCGCAAUGCUCUUCCGAUUCACUACAAGGAUAUCUCAAACACGAACCUUCCUGCAGAGCUCCUACCUAACCACACAACCAUUGAAUACGUGCUACCUCAGCUGUAUCCACUCCCACCGAUAUUUCUGUUUAUUGUCGACGUAUGUCUAGACAACGACGCCGAACUCAGGGCUCUGCGCGAUACUAUUGUCAUCGGUUUAGGCUUACUACCGGCCAACGCUCUUGUUGGUUUGAUUACGUAUGGAACCACGAUUCAAGUCCAUGAAUUGAGAUUUAGCGAGUGCAACAAAUCCUACGUGUUUCGAGGCAGUAAGGACUAUACACCCGCCCAAAUUGCCGAUCUACUUGGUCUGAAGGCUCCAAAUCGACGCCCAGGGUUACCUUUCACUUCUCCAUUCCUGGUGCCAUUAGAGCAGUGUGAAUUCCAGCUGACGGGUAUUCUCGAAACGCUGUUACGCGACCCAUGGCCUGUUGCUAAUGAUAUGCGCCCCCUUCGAUCUACGGGGGGUGCACUAAAUGUUGGUGUUAGUCUCCUCGAGCUGACGUAUCCAAAUACUGGUGCUCGUGUGAUGCUAUUCACCGGAGGGCCUCCUACAGAAGGUCCUGGCGCAGUUGUUGGGAAUGAACUCAAAGAACACAUUCGGUCACAUCAUGACAUUGAGCAAGACACUGCCAAACACUACAGGCGGGCUAUCAAAUUCUACGAGGGUCUCGCCAAGCGCGCAUCGAGAAACGGCCAUACCAUCGAUGUCUUUGCGGGUUGCCUCGAUCAAGUUGGUCUGCAGGAGAUGAAAUCACUACCAAACUCGACGAAUGGCGUUAUUGUCUUUGCCGACUCCUUCAUCACCUCUAUAUUUAAGCAAAGCUUUUUGCGCAUGUUUGAUAAGGACGACGAAGGGCACCUUCAGAUGGGAUUUAAUGCGACACUGGAAGUCCAAGCUACAAAAGAACUGAAAGUUUCCGGUCUCAUUGGUCAUGCCAUCUCAGCUGAGAAGAAAUCCACACAUGUUGGAGAAACUGAGAUUGGAAUUGGUGGCACAUCGGGCUGGAAGAUUGCUGCAAUCACUCCCCAUGCGUCUUUUGGAAUUUACUUCGAAGUCGUCUCACAGGCUGAGGAAUCGCUUCAUCCAGGCUCUCGUGGUCUGCUUCAAUUUGUUACGCAGUUUCAGCAUUCAUCGGGUCAGCAGCGACUGCGCGUGACGACCAUUGCUCGUACAUUUGCAGAAGCCGGGUCCCCUAGUAUUGCUAACUCUUUCGAUCAAGAAGCCGCUGCCGUGCUCAUGUCACGUAUUGCCAUUUACAAAGCCGAAGUCGAUGAGGCUCCAGAUGUGCUUCGAUGGGUAGAUCGAAUGCUGAUUCGCCUGUGUCAGAAAUUCGCUCAAUACAGGAAAGAAGAUCCAAGCACCUUCAGAUUGGCAGAUAAUUUCAGUAUCUAUCCACAGUUCAUGUUCCAUUUACGCCGAAGCCAGUUCCUGCAAGUGUUCAAUAACAGUCCUGAUGAAACCGCUUUCUAUCGUCACGUCUUGAAUGAAGAAGACGUCAAUAAUUCUCUCACUAUGAUACAGCCCACACUGAUGUCGUACACCUUCGAUACACCAGCUCAACCGGUGCUCCUUGAUAGUGUGUCUAUCAAACACGAUACAAUUCUCCUGCUCGACAGUUUUUUCCAUAUUCUUAUCUUCCACGGAAGCCAGAUAGCGCAGUGGCGUAAACUCGGGUACCAAGAUCAAGAAGGAUACGAAAAUUUUAAGGAGCUCCUUGAAGGACCGGUCGCUGAUGCACAGGAACUUCUCGUGGACCGCUUUCCGGUACCGCGUUACAUUGUAUGCGACCAGGGAGGUAGCCAGGCUCGUUUCUUGUUAUCAAAGUUGAAUCCAUCAACGACGCACAUGUCCGCGAACAUGUAUGGUACAAUGCCAGGUGUUGACCCUGGUCAAGCCAUCUUUACAGAUGAUGUCAGUUUGCAAGUAUUUAUGGAACAUUUGAAGCGCCUGGUGAGCACCUAG